GCCACCGGACCUUUUUUUUUUUUCCAAGUCCCAACGCCAACGCUGUUGGCGCUCUUCCUUUUGCGUGUCUUCUAUUUUAUAGACCACCUUCGGCUGACUGCUUCACCUCCGCCUUACAGGAAUUUCUUUGUUCUUUUCACCUGAAGCGGUCCGAGGCGGCAGAAGCGAGGAAAUUCUGAUAAUUUUAGGCUGGUUUGAUAAGUUUUAGGGAAGGAGGGGUUGAGGGAAUUUGAGUGAAAUGGUUGGUAAAGAAAACUUGAGGACUGAGGACUUGAACUUGUGCUUUGAAAAACUAAUGAUGCUUGCUGCUGCUGCUGGUGGUGAUGGAAUCGACGUUGGCGCUAAAGGGGUUAAAAUGGAUGGUGGGGUGAUUGCCGGAUGGAAGGACAUUCCUAUGGAGCUUCUCUUGCAAAUUAUAUCGCUUGUUGAUGAUCGAACUGUUAUUGUAGCUUCAGGCGUGUGUUGUGGAUGGAGGGAUGCUAUUUGCUUUGGCCUCACCCAUCUUUCUCUAUCAUGGUGCAAAAAGAACAUGAACAACUUGGUCCUAUCUCUUGCUCCCAAAUUUGCAAAACUACAAACUCUAAUCUUGCGCCAGGACAAACCCCAGCUCGCCGAUGAUGCUGUUGAGACCAUUGCUAGUUACUGUCAUGAUCUGCAGGUCCUGGACCUGAGAAAAAGUUCCAAGCUCAGUGAUCUUUCCCUGUAUGCCCUGGCUCAUGGUUGCCCUGAUCUUGUGAAACUUAAUAUUAGCGGUUGUACUGCAUUCAGUGACACUGCACUGGCUUAUCUGGCCAGUUAUUGCAGAAAGCUAAAAGUUCUUAAUCUUUGUAGCUGUGUCAAGGCUGCAUCUGACACUGCAUUGCAGGCUAUUGGACAAUACUGUAAUAGUUUGCAGUCCGUAAAUCUUGGAUGGUGUGAAAAUGUGAGCGACGUGGGUGUGAUGAGCUUGGCGUAUGGAUGUCGUGAUCUUAGAACCCUGGACUUGUGUGGCUGUGUCCUAAUUACAGAUGAUAGUGUGAUUGCUAUGGCAAAUAUGUGCCCUCAUCUGAGGUCACUUGGGCUCUACUAUUGUCAGAACAUAACAGACAGAGCAAUGUACUCUUUGGCACAUAGCUGUAUAAAGCACAAGCCAACAAAAUGGGGAACAACGGGGAAGGGAAAGAAUGAUGAUGAUGGACUUAGAACGCUUAACAUCAGCCAAUGCACAGCUCUUACUCCCCCUGCUGUUCAGGCUGUUUGUGACUCAUUUCCUGCCCUCCACACCUGCUCCGGCCGCCAUUCCCUCAUCAUGAGUGGCUGUCUAAAUUUGAUGUCUGUGCAUUGUGCUUGUGCAGUCCAAGCUCACCGUGCCCCCUCUGCUUUUCCAUAUCCAGCUCAUUGAACAUGGGAAUAAGUUUUUAGAUUGGUUGCUAAUCUCGAACGACUCUUUUACCCGAAAACCAUGAUGUUGUAUCUGUACAUGUACCUCGGAAUCAAGGGAAUUGGAACAUAUGAGGACUUUGUUCUCACUGUUUUCCCUUUCUUUUCAUCUGUAAAUAUGUAGCUUACGGACAUCAAGAUGCCAACUAUAUUAUCUCCACACAUGCUUGUUUAGAUGUGGAAUGUCUUCAAUUUCA